AAUGCACUACUGCCACGUACCUGCCAUCUUGCUGUAAAUAAACUGCGUACACGGUACCGGUGAUAGUAAGUUCUGGUAGCAAUAAGAUUGUUUUUGAGUGUCUGACCAAGAAAAAACGCGCAAUGGGUGGAUCUUGGAGCGCAGAAGAAGUACCGGGUGGAGGUACCGAAGGGUACCACGUUUUGCGGGUACAAGAUGGGUCACCUGGACAUAAAGCUGGCCUGGAAGCAUUUUUUGACUUCAUUGUUGCCAUUGGAAAUACAAGAUUGAACCAGGAUAAUGACACCCUAAAAGAUUUACUGAAGGCAAAUAUAGAGAAGCCUGUAAAAAUGGCUGUGUACAGCAGCAAGACCCAGUCAGUGAGAGAAGUGUCCAUUAUACCGAGUCACAACUGGGGAGGUCAGGGUCUGCUGGGGGUCAGCAUCAGGUUUUGCUCGUUUGAAGGUGCAAAUGAAAAUGUUUGGCAUGUGUUGGAUGUGCAGCCCAAUUCUCCAGCAGAUUUGGCUGGUUUGAAAACGGAGGCAGAUUAUAUAAUUGGAGCAGACUCUGUUUUACAUGAGUCAGAAGAUCUGUUCACGUUAAUAGAGAACCACGAGGGUAAGCCAUUGAGACUGUACGUGUACAACACUCAGACGGAUUCUUGUAGAGAGGUCACAAUUACACCCAAUGGAGCCUGGGGUGGUGAGGGGAGCUUAGGUUGUGGUAUUGGGUAUGGAUAUCUUCAUCGUAUUCCAAAACGUCAGUUUCCUUCCUCGAAGUCGAAGGACAUUCCUUUAGUGCCCUCCCAGCCUUCAGUGGAUGGCUUUGCUGAGAAAUUGAGUUACGGAGGAAACUUGCCUCUGUCGGGUUUGAGUCCCUACAAGCAACAACUGAGGGCCGAUCUAAACCAAUUCCAGGAGGUUCCUUUGAGCAGCUCCUCUGCUGGAAUUACACAAGAUUUGACCAACCUCUCCAUCAAUACUGGUACACCAACCAUUCCAGUCAUCCCCCAGACUGACAAAUUACCAGGAGUACAGCCUCCAAUGGUCUUACCCAAUUUUUCAAUGGGUGCCCCAACAGGAAUCCCUCCUCUCUCCUCAUUACCCGCUGGUAUGGGUAACCUCCCAAAUUUAACCUCGAUUCCCCCUUUGACGACCCCUGUAUCUUUACCAGGUAUGCCACCAGGAGUGGGUCUUUCAUAUGCUACUGGAACAACAUUACCAACAAAUUUCCCUAAUUUACCCAUGCCGACUUCAAUGCCCCUUCCAACAUCAAUGCCCCUCCCUAACUUUCCCUUACCCACACAAACUCUGGUGGCCUCUCCAGCCAGUGGGAUCCCCACAUCAGCACCUACUGGAGUCCCUCAGCCGGCACUUCCCACGGGUAUUUCAUUGUCCACAUCUUCUGACACUAAUGUAACAAAUGUGACCGCGCCAGCUGCUCCUCAAGGACAGACAGCGUCACAGGAACCAGUGGCAGCCUCAUCAUAGUGAAACUUACAAUCUAGUACUAUUAUUUUAAAUUGGAUUCUCACUUUUUAUCUGUGAAAAGUUGGUGUUAUAUUUUUUAUUAUUAUUAUUUAUGGUCUGAAUCCUGUAUAUUGGUUUCUUGUACAUACUAUCAUUAUUUGUGAGAAUUUUCUGGAUCUGUAUAUUACAUGUACAGGCAUGUAAGAAUGUUACACAUCAAUAUCUAAUGUUUUGAUAUGUGAGUGCUGAUAAAAUGAAUGUUUGAAGCAAAAGUGUGUGGUUUCUGAUUUCAACAAAGACGUUUAUUUUACUCGAGAUAUACAGUGGAAUUUAAUUACAGACAUUAACAGAAUACUGAUUGUAUCUUGUAAGAAAUGUUUAAAAUGUUUUAUUGUAAUGUGUACAGAUACAGGCAAUAUAUAACCAGGUUAACAUGUGUAUCAUUGAUGUCAUUCACACUGUUUUGGGUUAUCGUGUACAUAUUGUGUAUUUGUUCAUCUUAUUGGAGAACACAUUUAGAAGAUCUUAGAUGACAUAGUUAUCACAACUGUUACAGAUUCUGUGAAGUAACUUGGAACCACUAUAUUGUGCUUGUGAUGUAAACAACACAAAUAAUGUUUGUGAGUGACAUUAGAUGGAUAGGUAGAGAAAGCAUAAUGAAAGAGGAAGAUAAUGGAGGUCAGUACCUCGUGAGUCUGGAUGCAUAAUUGCAUUUGAUCACAACAAAGUGACAAAAAUGUACAGGCAAUUGUUUUGGCAUGAACCUAUAUAAUAUAAUGCAUUUAUUAAUUUGAUUGUGUUAUAUUUUUAAGGGUAGUUCAGGAUUCUUUUUCUAAAAUGUGGUAUUUGGACAUUUUUUUUCCUAAAGUCAUUACUUUUGUUCACUUGUUUUAAGAUUAGAUAUGAAAGUACUUUUUAGCUCACCAGGACGAAUUUCCAGAUAGUUAUUGUCAUGACCUCGGUGUAGGCAUCACACUUUUAAGGGGAAAAACAUCAACUUUGGCUAUACAUCUUGGACCGAUGGGGCUUUGAUAUUUCACAUAUCACUGUGUACAGGCCAGUGACAAAUAAUCUUAGAAUGAUGCAAAUGAAUAAUCAAUCGUUUGAAUUAUAAAAGCGAUUUAUAAAAUUCUUACUGAUGAGGUCAGCUGCCAUUUUUUGAUGACUGUAAUAUAUACUCGGUCAUUGGCUUGUACACAGUGAUAUAUAUAGAUUCCAGAGGUGUUUACCACUACGGAUUUUCCGUAUUUUAUACGGAUUUUAAAUGUAAAAUACGGACUACGGAUUUUUUCACGGAAAUACGGUUUCCAAUCCGUUUCCGAAAUUAUUAUUUUUUUUCAGUGGAAUGCUUGAAAGAGCAUUAUUAAAUGUGCUCAUUUAAAACGCGGUAGAGAUAGCGACUUAAGCGUCUAUCGGAAUACAUCUAAAUUGAUCGUUCCUGUUACUUGCUUUCAAAGUAGGUAUCGAAGGUUUUUGCGGGAAACGUGCAGAAGGAAUGAAAUGUCGAAACGGGGGAGUCCGCUGGACUCUUCUGAUGAUGAACACUCUCCAAAGAAACAAAAACGACGACAGACAAGUGAUCAGAAAUAUAAGGAGUGUUAUUCAAAACUGUGGCCAUGUUUGACGUCUUCCAAACGUGGCGUGUGCAUGGUGCGCUGCAACGUGUGUUCUUGUGAUUUUUCAUGCAGCCAUGGAGGAAAGAACGAUUGCAAAAGACAUGUUGAAUCUAAAACUCAUAAGGAAUUGAACACUAUGAAAAACUCUAAUAUGUCUAUGGCAUCUUUUGUCUCUCAAAAGUCAGUGGAAAAAGAACAUAAACGGUCAGUUACACGGGCUGAGGUUAUGAAGUUUUGCGUCACAGAAAAAAAUCAACCAAAUUUAUUAUUUUGUUAUCUUAGAAAUGACUCUUAAAAACUGUCAGAAAGCAGGAUUUUGCAUCUAAUUUUUCAAAACCCCUAGCAGGUUCUCACCGCUAUGCGGUGCUCACAUCGCAUACUACUGAAAAAUACUGAUAAAACAUCAUAUAAUACUGAUACUCUUAAUUAUGGGUAAACACCUCUGAGAUUCCUCAUGACCAGGUCUUUCAUUGAUAUCAAAACUAGUGACCUUGACCUACUUUUCAAAAACUUCUUUUUGAAGCAAGGGGGAUAUGGUAAUUAGAAUGGUGCGUCCGGGCGAGCUACAUUGUCUUCUGACACCUUGUUUAUAGGUAUAGGCAUAUUUUGAAUGUAUUACAGGGACAUCUACUUAAAAUCUGCAUGAAGAUUUUUUAAAAGUUAAACAUUCAUUAGAAAAGACACAAAGUGUGUUAAGCUUUCGAUAGAUAAAAGUAUUUUCUUAUUUGCUUGCUGUAUAAAGUUUUGUUUACUGAUAGAAGAAAACCAUGUGAAAGUCAUCAGUGUCAUGUCAUUUUUCUUUCUAAAUAUUAAGCUUACUGUUACUUUUUUCCUUCUAAAUAUUAAGCUUACUGUUACUUUUUUCCUUCUAAAUAUUAAGCUUACUGUUACUUUUUUCCUGUAUAUAUUCAAUAUCCUACUAAUUUCACAGUGCAUGGAUAUUUCUAAUGUACAUUUAUCACUAUU